AUGGCGCUCCAGCUGAAGUCCACCAUUGGGACUGCUUUUAAGGACUCAGCAGCAGCGGCCCUGCUCUGCUCCCGCGCCCCGCCGAGCCGCGCGCUCGCCCGCGACGUCGCCGUGGCGGCCAUCCCCGCGCUCCCAGCCGAGGGCCAGAACGUGACGCUCUCGGUGCUGAACGCCACGGGCGCCAUCCGCGAGGUGAGCUGGUUCCGCGGCCGCGCCACGGACGGCGGCGCGCGCAUCUUCAGCUACUUCCCCGGGAACAGCCGCCCGCAGCGCAACGGCGCGCAGCACACGCAGCGGGAGCUGGGCUUCCCCAACGGCUCCAUGCUCAUCGGCGCGCUGCGGCCCAGCGACCAGCAGCCCUACACGGUGGUCAUCCUGGUGCGGCCCAAGGCGACCUUCAAGGGCACCGUCGACCUGCAGCUGGCCAGCUCACAGACCACCAGCCCUCCGCCGACAACCGCCAGCACGGAGACUCCAGGCUUCAAGGAGCCGGCAAAAGUCCCAUCAAGGAUGGGUUGGAUCGUGGCUGCAGUGGUGGUGGGCAUCCUUCUAGCUGGCGCCCUGGGGGCCACCCUGGUCUACCGGUUUGUCUUGCACAAAGCAGAGCCUGGCACAGGGAUGGUAGAAAAACUGGAUCCAAGGAUGAAAAUGCCGGCAGUGUCCAAACAUGGUGACAAGGAACCCAUUUAUGAAGUGAUGGAUUCUCCAGCGGAAUUACCCAAGGUGGAAGGGAAGGAACCGCUUCCCAUGUCUGGACCGCUACCUCCUCUACCAAGGUCCUGCUCCAGACUGGACUCAAACUACAUGGAGCUGCUGCGCAGAGCAGAAUCUAUUUACUCCGAGAUCAAGAGGUGAUUCUCUGGUCUGAAGGAUGCAGCUUGUCAGCCCAACAGGGAAACGACCUGUCCCAGGAUCUUGGGAUGCGAGUAAU